UUAGACUAAAACGUCAACGUCAAAGGACGCAGUCAACUGGAUCAGGGUUGAAAGAAUCAGAAAUGGCUUUUUCUAACCUUUUCAAAGAUGUCCCCCAAGUACCUACCGACCAUGUUUUUGAAGUAAAUGCUCGUUUUCUAAAUGAUACUAGUCCUAAUAAAGUCAACAUGGGAAUUGGAGCUUACCGUACGGAUGAGGGAAAGCCGUGGGUUCUUCCUGUAGUCGACAAAGUAGAAUUACAAAUGGCUCAGGAUAAGACUUUGAAUCACGAAUACCUGGGAAUCGAUGGAAUGAGGGCUUUCACUGAUGCUGCUUGUAAACUCCUUCUUGGGGGCGACAGUCCAGCUAUUACUGACAAUAGAGUCUGUGGGAUUCAAAGCAUUGGAGGAACCAGCAGUUUGCGUCUUGCYCUGGAUUUCCUGUAUAAGUUCUAUCCCAGUAAAACUGUUUAUAUUUCCAAACCUACUUGGGGUAACCAUAUAAAGAUCUGCAAAGCGUCAGGGUAUACUGAUAUCCGUGAAUAUAACUACUAUGAUGCAGAUAAUAAAUGUGUCAAAUUUGGACAGCUUUUGGACGACUUUGAGGCUGCACCAGAGGGCUCAGUCAUGUUUCUACAUGCAUGUGCUCAUAAUCCCACUGGUUAUGACUUGAACAAUGAACAGUGGGAAAAGGUUGCUGAAGUAAUGAAGAGAAGGCACCUUUUCCCACUGUUUGAUAUUGCCUACCAGGGAUUUGCAUCCGGCAAUGUUGAAGAGGAUGCAUGGGCAGUGCGUUACUUUGUCAAACAAGGGUUUGAGUUGCUUGCUGGACAGUCGUUUUCCAAAAACUUUGGUCUUUAUAACGAGAGAGUUGGUAAUCUCUGUGUUGUAGCUGUUGAUAACAAUACUACUGAAAGAAUACGUAGUCAGUUAAAAGCAAUAGUGCGGCCGAUGUUUUCUAAUCCACCAAAUCAUGGAGCAAGAAUUGUUGCUACAGUAUUGAAAAAUCCUGCGCUCUUUCAGGAAUGGUUAGAGAAUGUCAAGACGAUGGGUGAUAGAAUCAUUGAAAUGAGGAACUUGUUGUUAUCCAAACUCAAAGAACUUGGAACUCCAGGAACGUGGAACCACAUUGCUGACCAAAAGGGAAUGUUUAGCUUCACAGGGCUGAACAUAAAACAAGUUGAAAUGUUAACAAACAAACAUCACAUCUAUCUUCUGAACAGUGGGAGGAUCAACAUUUGUGGAUUAACACCCAGCAAUAUUGACUAUGUUGCAGCCGCAAUCCAUGAUGUUGUUUGCAAUGCRCCAAAGUAAUCAUCUUUAGAUGAGUCAUCGARUAGUCAGCUAUAGAUAAUAAUCACAAAUGUCAGCUUUGCACAGCAGAAAUCAAAAGAAAGAACACUAUAAGUAGAAAUACAUGGUCACAAUAAAUAUGAAUGUUUUUUUAUAGCAGUGAUUUUGGAGAGAUUGUGAACAGAUUCACGAUCGACUUAUUGACAAUUACCAAAAAUGUUUGAUGAUAGUGACUUGAAUGAAUCAGCUCUUAAUAUCUUAGAAUAUUAUUUGUGAAUUUAUAGCUGGAAGGCUGAAUGAAAUAAAGAUUUAGAUAGACUUCUGUCUCUUAGA